GAAUCGGCUCACGGAGUCGGCUCGGUUGCGAGCCUUGCGGUCCGAGUGCGCUUCCUGGUCACGUAGCUCUUACGUGCCUCCCUAAGCCCCGCCCACAGGGUUGAGCAGCGUUAUGAAAGCGGAGCAGUGGGAAUGACAACGGAGUCACAGCUAAGAAACCCCCACAAAGCUGAGAUCCACCGCGAUGCUUCGCGUCACCGCUGCGUCUCUGUGCGCCUCCUGCCAGGUGAUGAGGGUUCUCCUGCCCCCGUCUGCCUCCCUCACCUCCGCGGCGACCCCCCACGGCAAGCGAGAGGAAAACCAGCAGACGGUCGACUCGCUGUACGAGCUGUCGGUGGACAUACGGAAGAUCCGCAAGCUGAGGGGCUGGGUGUUGUCCGAGAGCCCGGCCUACGUGUGCGAGACGGCUGACCUGCUGAGGGACAUGGGCGCGGACGCGGCGGCCAUCGCCCACAUCCUCGAAACCCACCCCGAGGCCGUGCUGUGUCGCCCGGAGGACGUGGCGGCCCAGCGGGACCUCUGGGAGUCGGUGUGUCCCAACCGGCGGGCCCUCAUGGGCAUCGUUGAGAAGUUCCCGGCUUCCUUCUUCACCGUGAGCCACCACGGCAACCAGCGGGCCAACAUCCUGUACCUCCAGAGCCUUCGCCUCAACAAGAAGAUCAUCAGCAAGCUGAUGGCCAGCGCGCCGCAGAGCUUCAGCCGGCCCGUGGAGAGCAACCAGGAGGUGAUCCACACCCUCAGGGAGACCUACUUGGACCUGGGCGGGGACGAGGGAAACCUCCGGGUUUGGCUGCAGAAGCUGCUCAGUCAGAACCCGUACAUUCUGCUGCGUCCGGCUGAGGCCUGGAGGGACAGCCUGGGCUUCCUGAGGGAGCGGGGCUUCAGCACAGAGGAGCUCCUCAGCCUGGUGUCCAGCCUCAGGGCCUCCAUCUCCGAGCUGAAGCCCGACGCCAUGCAGCAGGCGCUGGCCUACGUCCAGGGCGCCCUCAGCUGCUCCGAGGACGAACUGAAGCAGAUCGUGAUCCGCUGCCCGGCCGUCCUGUACUACACGCUGCCGACGCUGGCGGGGCGCUUCCAGGGGCUGAUGGACGCCGGCGUGCGCACCGAGCAGGUGAGGGAGUCCCCCAACGUGCUGGAGCUCACCACGCAGAUCGUGCUGUACCGCAUCCAGAAGCUGGCCUCCUACGGGUACGACGUGCGCUCCGGCAGCUUGGACGUAAUCGUGGGGACCAAGAAGGACUUCGAGACGAGCUACGCCAAGCUCAACCUCAGGCAGCAGAGGCCGCUCUUUAACCCCGUAGCUCCGCUCAGGACCGUUGAGGAGUGAGGAGCCCGACCGCACACAGGACUCCCGUCUUACAAGCGUCUGGAAAGAUGUUAGCUGAUGGGAAUGAACACUUCUCCUUGUUGCCUUCGUCAGACUUUAGCCUGACAUGCUGCUGGUGUUUGAUGGAACCUCCUCGCUUUGCUGGGACCUUAACUUAUUCAUUACAAAAAGGAAACUAAAAGUAAGUCAAAUUUUCUUGAAAUUAAUGUAUUUUUCCAUGAUUUUAAGCAGGUAAAUAAGACUAUUUGCCAAUGG